AUGUGUAAAACCAAGUCAGAGGCUGAGUUGUUUGCAUAAAUGUGAACCUGAAGCAUCAGAAGAGAGCAAGAAAAGCUAUCAACUCUGCUUAAACAGAAAAUCUUUUUUGCUGCAUCCCUGACAACAUUUGGAAUUUUAUUUUUGCUGGAACAAGCAAUAUAUGGGAGAAAACUGUCAAGAUACGGGCUUCCCCUCAGACUCAGGAUUAAAAGAAAACAAAUUCAACUAUAAGAUACCUUUAAUGGACUUUCUGGCCAACUGAUUAUAUCCUCUUCCAUCCUAACCCACUUGGACAAACUGAUCUUUGGUCCAAUACAAAAAGGCUAUUCGUUUGCUAAGUGGAUUUGUUUCAUAUGUAAGUAUUGAGAGUGAAGUUGCUGGCAUUUUAUGCUCUGACUCCAAGAAUAAGGCUGCAGCAACCAUGACACUAUCUGAAAAGGAUGAAAAAUUGUUGACUGUUGCAGUGAAACAAGAAAUCUGGGAUGAAAAUGUACUUGACUGAUUUUUAACAUGACAGUCUGCAUUGCUUUGUUGCUGAAACUAUGUUUCUGAGGAAAAGAUGCAGGCACAGCUCACGGAAAUGGCAAUUUCUCUUGUUGCUCCUCAUGUUGGGAUUUUUACUAGUGAUGGUAACAGUGCUCAACCCCACAGCCAAAGAUUUAAACAAGGAGGGAGAAUCCCUGCAGGUAAAAUCCAUCCCUAAUGAGGGAUAUCAGGUAGAUUUUGGAGAACCUCAAGAAAUCUUGGACACUCAGGAGGACAGCGAACAGUAUUUGUCCAUGGAGGGACUGUCACCUUUCAUCUCCCUAAGAGAGGAUGAGCUCUUGGUGGCUAUAGAGUCACCCACAGGCAAGAGAAAUCACACCAAAGUUAAGAAGGGAUACCGAAUGGUCAGGCAGCAAAGCAGAAAACAAGAGGAGGGCAGGCAGAUGCAAGACUCAGAGUUUCUGUUGCAGUCCCAUCUGGUAAAAGAGGAUGGAUCUCACAACCAGACUGAUGCAGGUGAACAGGCUAUAGGUGGCCUGGAGAUGUAUGGGUUUAAUGAAGCACUCAGCAAACAGAUUCCUCUGCACAGGGAGCUACCUGAGGUACGGCAUCCUUUAUGCCUGAAGCAAGAACCCAGUCCCAAUCUGCCUACUGCAAGUGUCAUCAUCUGUUUCCAUGAUGAAGCUUGGUCUACUCUCUUGAGAACAAUUCAUAGUGUCUUGGAUACAGCCCCAAAGAGCUACCUCCGAGAAAUCAUCCUUGUAGAUGACCUCAGUAAACAAGAAUAUCUGAAGUCAUCCCUGAGUGAAUACAUCUCUAAACUGUCAGGUGUGAAGUUGAUUAGAAGCAAUAAAAGACUAGGGGCGAUCCAAGGUCGCAUGCUUGGUGCGGCCAGAGCUACAGGCGAUGUUGUGGUCUUCAUGGACUCUCACUGCGAGUGUCACAGUGGAUGGCUAGAACCGCUGCUGGAACGACUAGCCAGUGACAGAAGACGGAUUGUUUCCCCCAUGAUAGAUGUAAUCGAUUGGAAGACCUUUCAUUAUUACCACAUUACGGACCUGCAAAAAGGUGUUUUUGACUGGAGAUUAGAUUUCCACUGGAAGCCACUGACAGAACAUGAAAAGAAGGUACGACUGUCUCCCAUCAGCCCCAUCAGGAGCCCUGCAGUGCCUGGUGGAGUAAUUGCAAUGCACAGACAUUAUUUCCAAAACACAGGUGGUUAUGAUUCUGACAUGACCCUCUCGGGGGGUGAAAAUCUUGAAUUAUCUAUAAAGGCCUGGCUUUGUGGUGGAUCUGUUGAAAUUCUUCCAUGUUCACAUGUGGGGCAUGUCUAUCAUGCGGAUGUGCCAUACACCUUUCCAGAUGAAGAAAUAAUAGAGAGGAACAAAAUACGAAUAGCUGAGACCUGGUUGGAUUCAUUUAAACAUCUCUUUUACAAACAUGACAGGUUGGCAUGUUUGAUAAGCAAGGCGGAGAAGCCAAAUUGCACUGACCGCAUCCAGCUGAAAAAGAGACUAGGGUGCAAAGGUUUCCUGUGGUUUAUCUCAAAUGUGUACCCCGAACUGUACCCAGUACAAGACAGACCAAGAUUUUCAGGAAAGCUGUACAAUACUGGGCUUGGACUCUGUAUGGAGUACCAGUCUGAAAAGGAUGCUCUAGGAGGCCUUCUUAAGCUAUCAUCUUGCAGCGACAGUAUCAACCAGCGCUUUGAAUACAAUGGCAUGAAGGAAAUCCGCUUUGGGUCCACUCCGCAGUUUUGCUUUGAUGUCAGGCACGAAGAAGUUGUCCUUCAGAACUGUACAAAAGAGAUGGAAAACAGCUCACAGCAUUGGGAUAUCAAAGAGAAUGGAAUGAUUGUCCAUGAACUUUCUGGAAAGUGUAUUGAAACCAUGAAGACAGCCUUAUGUCUACAGAAAUGUAACAAAGAGGCCAUUCAGAUCUGGCAGUUUGAUCCUUCAUACCCCAUAGAAAAGAGAUGAACAUUAAUACCUACUCUACAGUUGUUUUCUCCACUUGUUUCAAAGCUGAAAGAAAAGGAUGGGCAUGGGAAGCUCUAUGCAUGUUCUCUGAGCAGAAGAUGGACAAUGUAGCAGAUUUCCAGUUUGCACAUUUCUACCAAAAAUAUAUUAAAAUGGUUUGGUAUGGCAAUGGUUGUGCUGCUCCCAGAAAAGAAGAGAGAGAAAAUAAAUGUAAUUACUAUUGUUCACAUAAAUACUGCAAACAUUUAGCUUACAUGGAACUCUUCAUCAGGCAAAACGGAAAGGUGCCAUCAAGAUUAACUGAGCAAUCAAAAUGCACUGAGGUUUUUCUUUCUUAGGAGCAAGCUGCUAGAAGGCAAAUGUUUAUUUUAGAUUUGAAUAUUGUGUAAUUUAAGGAGGGAAAAGUUAAACUUACUGUUUUAAAAGGUCAAGAGCUAUUUUCAACACAAAUAGAAGUUUGGGAAGCUAAAAAAUAAACCUGGCCUAUAUAUUUAAAAUUACUACCAAAUACUUGGAAUGAAUGGAUCAAAUCUGCUCUCUUUUGUGAUAACAAUCUUAUUAACCUUGUAAUCAAAAUAUUUGAAAGGGAUUUGAAACAUUUUUUGGGGGGAAACCCCUAUUACUUCCAGAAUCAUGCUGGCUGGGUGAUCUUGGGAAAGGUAGACUGGAAUCCUGUUCAUGAAAAAUGCAUGUGUAACCUCCAGAUAUGCAUACAUAUGGUCUUUUAAAAAGUUGUAGAAGGAGAUAUUCAGUACCCCCUAGUGCAACAUCCAUACAUCCCCAAGCAGCUUUCCAAAGCCAGAACAUAUUAUUACAGCCGCUUACCAGCCAGGGAGGAAGUGCCUAGGCAACUGCCUAUUGUUGUGCAGCUGGGAGAAGAAAGCCGAUCGCAUCCUCCCAGAUUUUCAGUGAGUUUCUGAAGAAACUAAGAUUUUUGCUUAGUUUGCAGCCUGGUUGCCUCUCUUUGCUACCACUGCACUUGCCAGUAAACAGCUGUGCCCCAUCCAUUGAAAUCUGCCUUCCUUUGGUAGUAGGGAUGUAGAUCUGCACGGGCAGAACAUCACACUCUACAUGCAUGGUGUGGCAUUGCAGCUGUAGUCGAAAAAAUGCAUUCCCCAAGUUCUGGUAAUCAGCAGAAGAUUCACAAGCACAAAUCUAAUGUAAUGCUGUUUGAACCAAAAACAAAAACACACCUCUUUUCAUUCAGUUUGCAGUGGAUUUAAAAAUUGUACAAGAAGUUGUACAAGAGACAACAAGCAUGUUCUACCUGUCAUAUGCCAAUUGCACAAUGGGGAAAGUGUUGGAUCCUUCCUGUGUACUAAUUCUAAAAAUUCAGUUCUAGUAGUUCUAAUGGACACAGUGCUCUCAGAAUGGCACUGUUCAGUUCAAGACAUAGCUUCAUCUUUGUGGACUAAAAAAACAUGGAAGCCUACAUUGGAAGCAUAAAAUAACUACAAUAAAUAAUAAAUAAAAAACAAACAACCUCAUCUUUCAUAUGGAGAUUGAAGGACUUCCACCGACUCUAGCUAUCCCCUAAACAUAGGGAUCUUGAAUACCAAACAGUUAUGAAUAUGUAGUUAUAGAUUACAUAUUUGUAACUACCCAAGAGGAUUCUGGCCCACACGAGUCACACUUUCCUGAUAGCUGGGGCUGGAUAAGGAUCUAAGACAUCAUCGAAAAAUUAAUCUAUGUAGGGAAUUCCUAAAACAUUAUUUGAAAUGUUGCAACUCUUGUUUCCAUUUGUCACGAUGCACAAAAAUAACAAAAUGUAAAUUAUGAUGAUAAUGUGUGCUAAAUAUUUCUUUGUGUUGGAUUGAUUGUUUUUUUUAUGGCAUUGAUGUACCUUAAUUAUUCACAUAUGCACA